GCGAAUGCCAAAACAAUACAAUACAAGACUCGCUGCGGCGGGGCUUCUACGACCGUGUGGUACAUGCAGGCCACGAGUGUGCCAAGUACCUCAGAGAUAUGAUACGCGGGUAAAAAUAGACUUGAGUAGUCAAAAUAAGUUCCAUUUAAACGCUGUUCAUAUCAGUAUUAGUGGUAGGGUGGUACAAAAACAAACAAAUGUACAGAGUGAGUAUUUUAUCCUCAGUUUAAGAGCAUUUGCUAAUACUUCUGAACUUUUUCUUCAGCUGUGAAGCAACGGAUACAUAUGCAUGAUAGGAAAUAGACAGUGGCACUAGAGGGUUGCCGCCUGGCAUCACUCACUUGGUUUCCAGGAAAGAACCGUUUGCACACUUCACGAGUGACUACAAUGUGACUUCCUGUGGUUGUGAAAGUGCCCCAACCAGAAAACUAUGGUAACAAAUUAUUCUCACUAGCAAGAAUGUUUUUUUCAUAACAAUGACCUACACAGAACACCGCCCAAGAACAACUGCCUGUUAGACUUUGAACUUUGGCCAAAAUUGGGUUGAUGAUUAUCCCUGUUUAAUGGACUGAAAGACAUUACGGUUUGACAUUAUGUCAUAUCUGAUCCUUUCUUUGGGUAUCGGGCAGGACACGGUUCUUUUGUUGUACACAGACAAAAGAUACACAGCUGAUUCUCCGUAGUUGUAGUAGUUUGCUUUGAGAGUUGAUGUCUCUGGAGACAUCAUGUCUUCAAAAGCAAUUACAUUGUUGCUGUACUCCAUGUCGAACUUUGACCUUUCUAAAAGCAUCUGUAUUCCAUCCAUGGCAGAGAUGAGGAGCUCGAUGCCGUUCUCAUACUACUCUAUGAUAUUUAAAGUUAGAAUCAGCUGCUGGUUAUCUGAGCAGGUAAAACGACUGCAAACGUGUAUUGAGCUUUUAGUGCCACUAGGCAGAUUUUGUCCUCUUUGACCAGAACUGGACUAGUUGUUUCCAGUCUUCAUGCAAAGCUGAGUGACUGAAUGUAGCUUCGUAUUGAUCAGACAGACAGAGGGGUAUUGACCCUCUCAUCCGGCAUCCCCCCCUCUCCUUUAAAGAGCAGAGGGACAACCUCCACGUGGCUCUCGACAUGGCGAUAGCGGUGUUGACAAUAAGAACAGUGCAAACUACGGCAACAGUGUCACGCGGUCGAGAGGAGCUAUCGAAGGUGACCAGCGAAUGAGCGCAGGGCAGCAUUUCAAUUGGCUCGUCACAGAAAUUAAUCUGCUGCCGAGCCGGUUGUGUCAACAAAAAAUACUUCACCGCUCGGGUAGACAUCACCCCGCUAUAUCUUUGGAUUGUAAAUCGUUCAUGUUGAGCGAUUAAUUCGCUGAAUUUGUAAUUUAGCACAUUUAAAUAUAGUUUUGCGGAAGGACAAUUUUACAUAUUUCAGAGGAUAGCGUUAAACAAUUUGCAUACAAGUCAAUAAUUGUUUCAUUUAAGUGCUGUUUGUAUCCGUAUCAGUAGCAGACCAGUGCAUGAUAUAUUCUCUAAAAGGAACAAAUGUACAGUAUGAGUAUUUUUCGGGGGGGACAAACAGACUGUGGGGGUCUCUCAUGUCUUCAUCAAGUGAUCAUUUCAAUUAUUCGGGUGUUGGUUGGACAGUGUCCUGUGUCAGUUUUUUGUUGCAAGUCAAUUGGCUGCAUUAAAAAAGGCUUAGUUCCCUCAAGCACACAGCAUUUCAAAAUGGCCAGAACAGUACCCGAGCCUUCUUACAGUAGAUUCAUUUAAAAAAAAUAUUGCACUGCAAGUCAAAGUACUGCAUUCAAGAUGUUACUAGUAAAAAUGAAUAAUCAGGAAACGUACUCAUUACAGAAAAUUGGCCCUUGUGACGGUCCACCACUAUAUAUUCUGUUAUAAGAUUAUUCCUGUUAUCAUUAUAAGCCGGAGCUGAAUGUUUUAGUUGGUUGAGCUCAUUUUAAACUAUGAACUAAAAAAGUUAUUUUUGCUUAUUGUUUUCUUCUUCAUUUAACUUUAAGUUUCACACUGCCCUCUAGUGGCAAGAAAGGAAAAUCACCACAACGCGCAUUCCCAGUUUGUCAAACAAACAGCUGGAUCGGUGCCAGCUGUGCUAAUCUGAAUUCAAGGGAGGUUCCCCAUCGCUGUUUAACUCCUUUCAGAUGCCUCUGUUGCUCUUAUUCUGCCUAAGAAACCAGCUGUGUCCCCGCACCAGCUGAGCACGGUGUACACGCAUGCUCCUCUGCUGUUUGACGGGACAGAGAUUUUGGCAGCUCUCCUACGGGCCUUUUUUUUUUUUUAAUCUUGAAACCGACUGAGAGGCAGACUAGCAGCCUCAGUUCCUCCCCCUUCCUGCCUACCAAGUACUUCUCCUUAAUAACAGUCAGCUGACCUGCAGUAGUGCUCAGGGAAGCACAUACAUGCACGCAGAUCACAGAGCCUCAGUCGCUCUGUCCUGAACCUGCCAGUAAGGCCUCAUGGCUCUCACAGUUAACACAGAGCAGAAGAAACUCACCCAGACUCCCCUGCUCAAGAUCUGGGUGCCAUGGAUGGGCUGCAGCUUGAACCGCAGGAGAGGAUCCUCGGUGCCUCAGUUCUGUAAUUCUCCCACAAUGAUCGUGAUGGUGGGGUUGCCGGCCAGAGGAAAGACGUACAUCUCCAAGAAGCUCACGCGCUACCUAAACUGGAUCGGAGUCCCGACAAAAAUGUUUAACGUGGGCCAGUAUCGAAGAGAAGCCGUUAAGAUCUAUAAGAACUUUGAGUUCUUUAAACCUGACAAUGAGGAGGCCAUGAAGAUCCGCAAGGCCUGUGCAACAGCUGCCCUGAAGGACGUCGCUGCCUACUUCUCAAAGGAACAGGGACAAGUAGCCGUGUUUGAUGCUACCAACACCACAAGGGAGAGGAGGGCAAUCAUCCUUAGUUAUGCAAAAGAGAGGGGCUACAAAGUGUUCUUUGUGGAGUCGAUCUGUGAUGACCCAGAAAUCAUUGCAGAAAACAUUAAGCAAGUAAAGUUUGGGAGUCCAGAUUACGUAGAUCGUGACAUAGAUGAGGCAUUGGAAGAUUUCAGCCGGCGAAUUGAGUGUUACAGGGCCAGCUACAUGCCUAUGGACGACGAGGAAGACAGGAAGCUCUCUUACAUCAAGAUCUUCGACGUGGGCAGUAGAUAUCUGGUGAACCGGGUUCAGGACCACAUUCAAAGCAGGAUAGUCUACUACCUCAUGAAUAUCCACGUCACACCGAGGUCCAUUUACCUGAGCCGCCACGGAGAGAGCGAACUCAACCUGUUAGGGCGCAUCGGUGGAGAUUCAGGCCUCUCGCCGAGGGGACAGAAGUAUGCCAACGCCUUGGCGACCUUCAUCAGAGGUCAGAAUAUCCGCGAGCUGAAGGUGUGGACGAGCCACAUGAAGAGGACCAUCCAGACUGCAGAAGCUCUAGGAGUACAGUACGAACAGUGGAAGGCCCUCAACGAGAUAGACGCUGGUGUAUGCGAGGAACUAACCUACGAAGAGAUCCAGGAGAACUUUCCCGAAGAGUUUGCACUAAGAGACCAGGACAAGUAUCGCUAUCGUUACCCAAAGGGUGAGUCCUAUGAAGACCUUGUACAUCGUCUAGAGCCGGUGAUCAUGGAGCUGGAGAGGCAGGAAAACGUUCUGGUUGUCUGCCACCAGGCCAUCUUUCGCUGCCUGUUGGCCUACUUUCUAGACAAACCCGCAGAUGAGCUACCUUAUCUAAGAUGCCCUCUUCACACAGUGCUCAAACUCACACCAGUAGCUUACGGAUGUAAAGUUGAGUCGUUUUUCCUCAAUAUUGAAGCAGUAAACACACACAGAGAAAGGCCAGUGAACGUGGACAUCAACAGGAACCCAGAGGAGGCUCUGCUGACUGUUCCUGAACACGUGUGAAUGCUGUUUUGUAAAGAAGUGACUACAGUCAAGCGAAGCUAAAUGUUUUGCCACGUAUUACCUUGACUAAAUAUUAGAGAUGUCCUCCAGUGAAAGGCUGGUUGUGAGAAAAUGGACUCUGAGUCUAGACGACGUGAGCAGGACAAAGCUGGAGAUAAUGUUUAAAACAUUACUGCGACAACUUCCUGUUACUUUCUGACUACAGUUGUGUUUUUUGUGACUUCUUUGUUUACAAAUGAUUUAGGGACAAUAACAAUGCACCUUGUUUCGAGGAUGAGAGGAAAACACUACAAGUUUGUAGUGAGCUGGUCAUUGCAUGGAUAAUGCUUCGCCGAUCACUUCAUUUUAAAGGUGGUGAUCAGCACCAUGGACAGCACCCAAACAAACAAGACAUGUUGAUUUGGGCGCUUUACUGUUGCCGAUGUGACACCAGACUUCAGACAGGGUUUAAGGAAAUAAUGUGAAUAAAUAAACAUGGCAAGAUGUUGCUCGGAAAAUAAAUCCAA